AAGCUCAUCUUAUGUUCACACCGAGUUAACUGAAAUUACUGGUUUGUGAGAGGGGAAGAUGUAUUCUUCAGAGUGGCAAAAAGCAUGGCCAUUAAGACUUCCAUUUGGGAUCUGGGAAACUUCAACAAGUCCCUGGUUUUAAUCAGCUGUAUUUUUUAUUCAGACCAGGAACUUAAAUGAGGUCCUCUCGUGACCUAUAUAGCUUUCUAAAGCAAGAGUGAUUCUUUUGCAUGGGGUAGCUCUGGAAUGCAUCAAGGAGAUGAAACGAGCAAUGCUCUGAUGAAUACUUAAUCCCUCACACGGGUCUGCUCUGUUGGGAGAGGUUGAGACGAGUACCCUGCAGCAGGCCUGUGGUGCUCAGUUUUGGAUACUGGCAUGCCAAGAAAUUUAAUUAGAUAUCCCAAGCCCAGUACCCUCAACAUCAGACUACAGAACAGUAUGACACAACUCACUUGCAUGCUCUUUAUCUCUCUCUUGUUGAAAGAGUAUUGGGUUUUCUGUUGUGGGAAAAGGAGAUGAUAAAAACAAACAAGUAGUUUUGUGACAUGGGAAAGAGCUUUUUUCCUAUCUCUAUGUUUCAAUGGAUUGAGGGGGUUUCUCUUCUAGCACAACUUAGGAUACUGUCUGGUUCCUGAACCAAAGAUACCUAUCUGACUUUUCAGUCUCAGAAAUAGCUUUUUUAAAUGUGAAAAAUGGUUUUAUUUCAGUUUUUUCCUUGGUGAUUGCAUGUACCACUCCUGUCUCUUCAUUUUUAACCACCCAGUCUUAACAAUCUAGAUUUGUUCUAUCCAAUCUUAACAAUACAGAGUUGUUUUCUUUUCUCUAUGUAUGCAGCUGACAGAUUCCAAGUAAGGAAAUCUAUUAUAAAGAAUUAAUCUUGAUGUGUAAAAUGGAAUUUUAAAAUGUGCAUGAUAAAAGAAGUUGCAUUUCAUUUCUGCUUAUGCUUAAAUAAUAAAUUCAUUUAUAGCAUUAUAUCCUAGAAAAAUAAUUCUGCAUAGGCCACAACUUGAAUCUAAUUAGAAAACUGCUGUAUUAUAGAAAUGCAUUCCACACAGAGUAGUUUCUGUAUUUAUCAGAUAAGCAGUAUAUGUCAUCGACUAAGGAUCUAAUUAAGGUUUCAAGACACUGAAAGGUAAGCACUUUAAUAAUUUUAGAUUAAUUUUACUUUUCAUAUAUAGAAAAAUGGAAGAAUACUAACAUAUCUAUUCAAUUUUCAGUUUUGUUUUGAUUUCACCUUGAAGUAUUAGAUACUUCUCAAAGAGCCUAUUUGAACCAAAAUUGUAACAACUUCAUUGAAGGGUAUCAAGGGUCACAUUCUACCACCAGUUAAAAUUAUACAGCUUCAGGGAUGCAGCAGAGGGCAGGAUUUCCCUCAUAAUUUCAAUCAACUAAACACCUGUUAUCUGGAUAAAGGCACAAAUGAUAAGGAAUUGGAUACUACCUCAAAUGUAAUAAAAAUAUGUCUUCAGUAGCAACUAAAGCAGAACACAAAACAUUUGCUACUGUAGUUGUGCACAUCUGCACAUCUGAAAUUAGAAACUGUGCCUAACAGACAAUGAGCCAUGGCUCCCUAUUUGGAAGCUAUUGGCAGAGCUGUUCAACCUGUUUACUUGCUCAAACACAAAAUGAUCUCUUAAAUUGCUAAAACAGAUUGUAGAGAAAAUUGGCAAGAGAAGAUGUUAACAUGGCCCAGGGCUUCAUUUGUAGGAUUCGCAGUGCAAAGCCUGCAGAUACUUGUCUCCAAUGGCUUUUUUUCCUCCAUUGAAUUGAAGAGAAGGAGAAGAAUAGGGAACAGGAAAAAAUAACAACAACAUCAAUGUCUACAUUUCAACCACCCAUCAAACGAACCAUCAACAAAGAGACUGGCUUUCAGAAAUUAAAGGGAAGCCAUAUGAGGAGCGUCUGAGGUCACUUCAUCUGUUCAGCCUGGAGGAGACUGAGGAGAGAUCUCAUUGCAUUGUACCACUUCCUUGUGAGAGGAGGAGGAGAGGAUGAAACACCCUGAACUUCAGAAGCAGUCAGCAUAAAUCCCAGGAGUAAAUACUCUGUACCAGUCAACAUAAGGAUAUCUUUCAGCUUCAUUGCAGCUGGAGUCAGUGACUUCAUACUGAAAGAGGCUGGUUUUGAGACCACAGACCAUGACAGUUUGUAACAGUGAAGGAAUGUAUGUCUGUGUGAAUGCAUAGCCAUGUAUACCUAUAAAGGCUGUCAAGUGCUGCCUAAAAAAGGAAGGAGCCGUGGUGGCAUUAAGUGCAGUGGAGGACACAAAUCCAGGCACGCUGGAGGAUCUGAGCUGUUUCCUGCAGCAGUGAACCUUUUCAGAGUUUUCAUUGUUGUUUCCUGCAAAGUAUUAAAAUGCGAGGGUCUGUCAUUCAGGAUCUCAGGGAGGAUGAAAAUGAAAAUGGGGAAGAAGAAGAAAAGGUCUUCCUCAAGCCUGUUAUUGAGGAUAGAAAUAUGGAACUGGCCCGAAAAUGCAGUGAAUUAAUAAGUGAUAUACACUAUAAAGAAGAGUUUAAAAAAUCUAAAGGCAAGUGCAUAUUUGUACCUGACACCCCGCAGCUAAAACAUGUGAAAAGUGUCGGUGCUUUUAUUUCUGAGGUGAAGUACAAAGGAGCUGCUAAAAAAGACCUUUCCAACUCUCUUUAUCAGCAGAUGCCAGCCACAAUUGACAGUGUAUUUGCAAAAGAAUUAAUGCAGCUUCAGAGCAAGGUACUCUAUAAACAAAAACAUGAUGCUGAGAAAGGAACUUCAGAUUACGCACGAAUGAAGGAGCCUCCAGAUGUUAAGCAUGCCAUGGAAGUCAGUAAACACCAGAGUGAUGUAUCCUAUAAGAAGGAUGUGCAAGAUACUCAUAGGUACACUGAAGUGCUGAACAGGCCAGACAUAAAGAUGGCAACUGAGAUAACAAAGAUAAUAAGUGAUGCUGAGUACAAGAAAGGAAGGGGAGAGAUGAAUAAGGAGCCUGCUGUACUUGGAAGACCAGAUUUUGAGCAUGCCAAAGGAGUUUCAAAACUUUUAAGCCAAGUGAAAUACAAAGAGCAGUUCAGUAAGGAAAUGAAGAGUCACCAGUACAAUCCUCUUGACAGUGCUUCCUUCAAGCAAGCAAAGAUUGCAUCCACCUUGGCAAGUGAUGUGAAUUACAAGAAAGAUUUGGAAAGCCUACAUGAACCAGCGUCUGAUCUACCAAAUCUGCUAUAUUUAAACCAUGCUUUAAAUAUCAGCAAAAUGCACAGUGAUGUCAAGUACAAAGAGAAUUAUGAGAAAGCUAAAGGCAGAUCAAUGCUGGAGUUUGUGGAUACACCAAUGUAUCAAGUUUCAAAAGAGGCUCAAAAGAUGCAAAGUGAGAAAAUGUAUCGCAAAGAUUUUGAAGAAGGGAUCAAGGGAAGACCCUCACUGGAUUUAGACAAGACCCCAGAGUUCUUGCAUAUAAAGCAAGUCACUAACCUUCUGAAAGAGAAAGAAUAUCGAAAAGAUCUGGAAGAAGGGAUGAAAGGAAAAGGAAUGACAGUGUUUGAAGAUACACCAGAUUUGAUUAGAGUGAAAAAUGCUGCUCAGAUACUAAAUGAGAGACAAUACAAGAAAGACCUGGAAACUGAAAUUAAAGGGAAGGGCAUGGAAGUUGGUCCAGAUACCCCUGAGAUAAGACGAGCCAAGAAAGCUUCGGAAAUUGCAAGCAUGAAAGAAUACAAGAAAGACUUGGAGAAUGAAAUUAAAGGAAAGGGAAUGGAAGUGAGCAUGGAUACCCUUGAUAUACAACGAGCCAAAAAAGCUUCUGAAAUUGUCAGCCAGAAAAUGUACAAAGAUGAAGCGGAAAAGAUGCUCUGUAACUAUUCUACUGUCCCUGACACUCCUGAAAUGGAGAGGAUAAGAAAUACUCAGAAAAACAUCAGUUCAGUAUUUUAUAAGAAGGAAGUAGGAGCUGGCACAGCUGUAAAAGAGACUCCAGAGAUUGAAAGAGUAAAGAAAAAUCAACAGAAUAUUAGUUCGAUUAAAUAUAAGGAAGAAAUUCGGCAUGCAACAACUAUUUCUGAUCCACCAGAACUAAGGAGGGUUAAGGAAAACCAGAAGAAUAUUAGCAAUGUUCAAUACAAAGAACAGCUCUGCAAAGCUACACCUGUGAGUGUCACCCCUGAGAUGGAGAGAGUCAAGAGGAAUCAAGAGAAUGUCAGCAUGGUUCACUACAGAGAGCAGCCUGGCAAAGCUACUGCUGUAAGUGUCACUCCUGAGAUAGAGAGAGUCAGGAAGAAUCAAGAUAACAUCAGCUCGGUCAAGUACAGCAGUGAUCAGAGGCAGAUGAAAGGUAGACGUAGUGUGCUUCUAGACACACCUGAGCUAAGACAUGUCAAAGAAACUCAAAACAACAUCUCAAUGGUAGGGUACUUUCUUCCUAUAACUAGAGCAUACUAAGGAAUGGCACUUUACUUCCACUGGAUUUUGCCUUCCAUUAAUAUAGGUAACUAAUGGAAUUCUCUCAAGUAUGGAAGGAAUAUUUUCUUCCUAUGCCUGUAGAGGGAGUGUUUGCUAACUGCAUAUGACUGUAAUGAACAUUUUCAAAAUACUAAUAAACAGUUUUCUAACAGUUAAAUGUCUGUUCUUUUGUUUUUCUUUUUUCCUUAAAAAUGUACACACCUCAUUUGAGCAUAACAAUUUCACUGGAUCAGGUGACACACUUCACCUUGUGCCUGUGCACGUUCCUGGUUUCUGCGUGACUUUGGUUCUUGGAAUGAGUUGUUUUGUGUGCAUUGGCUUGUGUGAGAAUGUUUAUCAAUUUAAAUCUUUGAUGAUUAAGAUUAUUUAAAAAGUAAGUAUGCAUAAUCAGCAAUACUACCUUUAUAACUCUUACUAAUACAGGGGUUUUGUUCCAACACUUGGUGCUGUAAUGCUUUCUACUCUAAUGUCGUUGUUUUUAAUUUUUUUUUCUUUGAAAAUCAGGCUCUUGUUCUUUCUAAAAACCUAUGUUUAAAGCCAGCUGGCAUAUGAUAAAACAAAAGAGAAAAGAAAUACCUUUCUUAUGAAGCUGUGCAUGUAGUCAAAAUUCUCAGUGAAUGAAAAUGUUUGAGUUCUUUAGAACUACUACUUCUGGAACAUUUUUACUGACAGAUGUAGUUGUCUCCAUCAGUAGAGAACCAUCUUAUUUUAGAGAAGAAGGGAAUGGACCAGAUGACCUCCUGAGGGCAGGGGUUUUUUGUCCCUUCUGACUGCAAGAUGAUGCUUUGCAGCUUGAGCUAAUGCCUAAUUUAGUGUCAAUAGAAAAGAAAAGCAACAUUGAUAAUAAAAUAUCAGGAAAUCAAGUUAGGGUGAUAGAAAAGACUUGGCUGGCCAUCCAGUCUGUCUCGUGUGUACCAAUUCUAUUAUGGUGCAAAGUUAAAGAAUAGAAGUGCCUCAUAAACAUAUACAUUCCUGCAUAGAAUAACCAUUUGCUGUCAAUUGCAGCUUAGGGAAA